AUGAAGUUUUCACACUCCUUGCAGUUCAAUGCAGUACCGGAGUGGUCAUCGAGAUAUCUGGCGUAUUCACAGCUGAAAAGACUGAUUUAUACCUUACAGAAGGAUAAACUGUAUCAAAGCAGCUUCACGGACACGGAACAGAUUCCACUCCGGGAUUCCUACACAGAAAAAUUCCUGAAAGCUCUCGACAAAGAACUCCAGAAAACCGACAAGUUUUACCAACAGCAGCAAUCGCGAAUCUUCAGUUCGUAUCAGGAGGUAAAGGACGAUCUUUCCGAGUUUCAGUUGCAGCUGGCGUUGCACGACUCUCACAGUGGAAGGAGCAGCGUUUCUAACGGAUCUGAAGGGUCUGGAGCCUCAGGACCGUACAUCCGUCCCACAGCGUCGCUCUCAGAUGACGAAGAUAACAUCAAUGUCAACAGGACAAACUACACGGGUAGCGAUAUGGGGCCCAUCGUCACCCGUAGCGCACACUACAUUGCAAGACUCGAUCCGGUGAUGGAAGACACGAUCAACUUGAAAAAAAGACUCGUCGUGGCCUUCACACAACUGUCAGAACUCAAAAGUUUUAUCGAGCUUAACCAGACCGGUUUCUCCAAGAUUUGCAAGAAAUUCGAUAAGAGUUUGGAGACCAGCAUUAAGGCGGAUUUCAUUGCCUCUUUGCCGUCUAGAACCCAAAUUUUUAGUCCAGAAACCGCAUCCAUUGUUGAAAACAAGAUCAAUGACACCAUCGGCAUGUAUGCGAGUCUGAUGGGGACCGCCACGAACGGUGAUGAAGUGCUGACUUUCCAAGAAGCUGAACGAGAACUUUCCGUGCAUUUGAGGGAACAUGUUGUCUGGGAAAGAAACACCGUUUGGAAAGAUAUGAUGAAUUUGGAACGCCAGGCUCAGAAUGUCAAGACAACUAGAGCGCGAAACCGUAAUCUUCGUAAUACCAAGCUGCCAGAUGAUGAAAUCCGAAAUUCUCCUUCGCCUGAGGAACUUCCUAACGCUACGUUGAAGGACGCUCUGCACAUGACGCCCGCCCACUACCUCAAGAUAAUAUUAAAGUCCAAUCGUCUGAUACAUUUUGUUGCAAUCACAACGGCUUUUCUGAUACUGCUCAACUUUUCCCCUGUUCAAGACGUAUUGCAGAGAAAUUGUUUGGCAAUUCUGGUGUACGCCUCGCUACUGUGGGCCACUGAAACUAUACCACUUUUUGUCACUUCGUUGUUCGUUCCACUAUUGAUUGUGAUUCUACCAGUUUUAAAAGAUACUGAUGGCAAUGUCAUGGCACCUCAGGCAGCAUCGCAAUACAUCUUAUCAACGAUGUGGUCCAGCGUCAUUAUGCUUUUACUCGGAGGGUUCACUUUAGCUGCCGCUUUAUCAAAAUAUAAUGUUGCUAAGGUAGUUUCCACUCAUGUGCUGGCUUCCGCAGGGACAAACCCGAGGGUCAUUCUUUUGACCAACAUGUGUGUUGCGCUGUUUGCGUCGAUGUGGGUUUCAAAUGUCGCUGCACCAGUGCUAUGCUAUUCUAUUAUUCAACCACUGCUCCGCACUUUGCCAAAAAAUAGCUCUUUCGCGAAGUCCCUCAUUCUGGGCAUUGCACUAGCCUCUAACAUUGGAGGUAUGGCUUCACCCAUUGCGUCGCCACAAAAUAUAAUUUCUAUUGGAAUGAUGGACCCACAGCCAACAUGGCCUCAAUGGUUUGUCGUAUCACUACCAGUGUGCUGCAUCUGUAUUUUGGGAAUAUGGGCUAUGCUCGUCAUGACAUUUCCGGUUGAAAAGGACUUGAAACUGCUUCAAUUACAUCCCAUAAGGGAUCCAUUUACCAUCCAGCAGUGGUUUGUCACGCUGUGUACUAUAGGAACUAUCGUCCUGUGGUGUAUGGCUAAACAGCUGAGUGGCGUGUUUGGAGAAAUGGGGAUCAUUUCAAUCAUUCCUAUCUUGCUCCUCUUCGGCACCGGAAUGUUGAGCUCUAGCGAUUUCAACAGCUUUAUGUGGACAAUUGUGGUUUUGGCAAUGGGUGGUACGACUCUCGGCAAAGCGGUAACCUCUUCUGGCCUCUUAGCCUCCAUUGCCUCCACGAUCAAAGAGCACGUUGAGGACAAGCCUAUUUUUGCAAUCGUUCUAAUUUUCGGAAUUGUGAUCUUGGUGAUGGCAACAUUUGUAUCUCACACGGUCGCGGCAAUGAUCAUCGUUCCUUUGAUGGGCGAAAUUGGCAAAAAUCUGCCAUCUGGAGAUCACUCCCGUCUUUUGGUCAUGGUUGCUGCUCUCCUUUGCUCUGGUGCCAUGGGAUUACCAACCUCUGGCUUUCCAAACGUUACUGCAAUAUCGAUGAUAGAUGAACUUGGGGACAGAUAUCUAACGGUUGGGAACUUUGUUACUCGAGGUGUCCCUGCAAGUGUGUGGUCAUAUUUGAUCAUCACCACUGUCGGCUACGGACUGAUGAAACUAAUGGGUUACUGA